AUGGAUAAAGAUACGGCGACAGCGGAAACGGCGACAGCGGAAACGGCGACGGCGGUAACGGCGACGGCGGUAACGGCGACGGCAAGACCAACCUCAACGAGGCAAGUAAAAAAGCGUAUAAAUGCAGCGGUAAAACAGGCGGUGAACCGCGAGAGACGACGAAAGAUACAGGCAAGAUACAGGCCUGCAUCAUCCGUAUAUGUGCCAACACAAUAUGUGCACACAUCGCCCGCACCGUCUCUGUAUAUGGCCGCAUCGCCAGCAUCGGUAUAUAUACCCGCACCAUCCGCACCGCUCGCCCCAUCAACACAAUUAGGAUACGGGCCGGCACCAUAUGGAUAUGUGCCCGCACCAUCCGCACCGCCCGUACUACCUACACAAGUUGGAUACGAGCCGGCACCGUAUAGAUAUGUGCCCGCACCACCCGCACCGCCUGCACCAUCAGUACAAUUAGGAUACGGGCCGGCACUGUAUGGAUAUGUGCCCGCAUCAUCCACACCACCUGCAUCGUCCGCCCCAUCAGGACAAUUAGGAUACGGGUUGGUAUCAUAUGGAUAUAUGCCCGCACCAUCAGGACCGCCUGCACCACCUACACAAGUUAGAUACGGGCCGGCACCACCCGGAUAUGCGCCCGCGCCAGGAUACAUAUAAUAAUAUAUAAUAAAAAGAGUGUAGGGGAUUAGGAACCAUGCAAGAAAAUUUAUUUGAUUUUCUGUGUAGUCACAUUAAUGAAUUUCUAUUGUCACAUCGAAUUAUACGUGAUAAACGUUUCGAUGUUUAGAUCAUCUUCAGUAUUGGUAAAAAGUCAAGUAAUAACUUUGAAAUUGUGACGGAUGUGCGAUUUGAAAACUUAUUGUAUGAUUGAAUACAGUAUUUAGCCAACCAUGCGAUAAGUUUUCAAAUCACACAUCUGUCAAAAUUUCAAAGUUAUCACUUGAUUUCUUACCAAUAUUGAAGAUGAUCUAAACAUCGAAACGUUUAUCACAUAUAAUUCGAUGUGACAAUAGAAUGUGACUACACAGAAAAUCAAAUAAAUUUGCUAUAAUUCUGGUGUGGCUCUCUCCUACACUCUCGAUUUUGAUUUUUUACUUUGAUUUUGAUUUAAUAUUAAUUUAU